AUGGAGCAGGAAGAGAGUCUGGAGGAGUUCCUGGGCAGACUACGGACGCAAAUCCUGCGCUGCGGCUACGAGCCGGCGCAGGUGGACCGUGAGUUGAGAGACCGAUGCGUCCUGGGCAGCCGAGGUGAGCUACAGAGGAAGCUGGUCCGGGAGGCGGCGCUAAAGGGUGACGACCUCUCUCUGGAGGACGUCCGGCGGACGGCACGGGCGCACAGGGACGUGAUGGAUCUGACGACGCGGCUGUCUGGGGCGCCGGCGCCGGCCGAGACGGACGGGGAGGCAGUUCACCUGGUGCGACGCCCGCAGCGGACGGAGAGGCGUGACUGCGGCAAACAGCGAACUGGCGUGAAGCUGGUUCAGGACGGCGACCAGGCUGACUGGCAAGUCAGCGCCGUGCAGCCAGCCGCAGCUGAGUGGGCGACGGUCAGGGUGAACGGCCAGGAGUUCACCAUGCUGAUCGACACUGGCUCACCGGUGACUAUAAUCAGCGCGGAGACUCACAUCCCCGGUCUGACGCUGCGGCCGAGUGAGCUGCACCUCACGUCAUUCACCGGCCAGCAAAUCCGUCUGCGAGGCGAGGCCGACGUCAACGUGGAGACGGACGGCCGAGCGACACGGCUGCGACUCGUCGUGUCCGACAUGGGCUCUCACCGACCUCUCAUGGGACGAGAGUGGAUCAAGGCGCUGAGGACGGCGUCGGGUCUGGAGACGCUGAACGUGUGCCCGGUGGCGACUCAGCCGACGCUGAAGGAGGUGAUGGACAAACACCGUGAGGUGUUCAAAGAAGAACUGGGCAGAAUCCCGGUGAAGGUGGCGCUCAGACUGAAGGAAGGCGCCAAACCGGUCUAUCGACGCGCCAGACCGGUGCCGUUUGCGCUACAGCAAGAUAUCGAGCGGGAGCUCGACAAGUGGCUGGAUCAAGGGAUCGCCGAGAAGGUGCCUCCUGGACACUUCUCCGGAUGGGGUACGCCGCUCGUACCCAUCCCCAAGAAGGACGGCGUGCGGCUGUGCGCGGACUAUCGGAUCACGGUGAACCCGCAGCUGCAGCCUCUGAAGUAUCCGAUGCGCACGCCGGAGGAGCUAUUCGCCAGCAUACGAGGGAAAAAGUUCUGCAAGCUGGACUGCAGGAACGCCUAUCUCCAGUGUGAGCUGGACGAAGAGAGCCGAGAGAUGACCACCGUGACCACACACCGUGGUGCGAUGCGGAUGAACCGUCUCCCGUACGGGAUCAGCACCUGUGGAGCGCAGUUCCAGGCGAUCAUGGACCAGGUGCUGGAUGGUCUUCCAGGAGUCGUCUGUUACCUGGACGACGUGCUGAUCGGCGCCGACAGUGACCGUGAGCUGAUGGACAGGCUGGACCGGGUGCUGGAGCGGCUGAAGGACAACGGCGUCCGCCUCAAGAAAGAGAAGUGCCAGUUCGGAGUCCGAGAAGUGGUGUAUCUCGGUUGGCGACUGUCUGAGGCGGGUCUGCGCCCGGUGCAAGAGAAGACGGCGGCCGUCACAGCAGCACCUGACCCUCGGAACGUGCAGGAGCUGCGAUCUCUGAUCGGGUCAGUCAGCUAUUAUCAGCGGCUGCUGCCCAACCUGUCUACCGUGCUAGCGCCGCUCUACGCGCUACUGAAGACGGGCGUCAAAUGGGCAUGGACGGCGGAGUGCGCCGCGGCAGUGCGCCGUGUGAAGGACAUGCUGUCCACGGCGCCGGUCCUGAUGCGGUACGACCCCGUGCUGCCGCUGCGGCUCGUCACGGACGCCAGUGCGACAGGAGUCGGAGCGGCUCUGAUGCAAGUGACGCCCGAGGGGCUCGAGAGGCCGGUACAGUACGCCUCCCGAACGCUCACUCCGACGGAGAGGAAGUACGCCCAAGUGGAGAGGGAAGCCGCAGCCGUCUCGUUCGGAGUGCGGCGGUUCCACCAGUUCCUGUUUGGUCGGCCGUUCACCCUGGUGGUCGACAACAGGACGCUCUCCAGGAUCCUAAACCCGGACCGUGAGCUGCCAUCUCUGGCGGCGGCUCGCAUGCAAAGGUAUGCGCUGCAGCUCGCGGCGUAUCAGUACAAGAUCGAGCUGCGCCGGACGGAGGACAUGAGGCUGGCGGACACGAUGUCCCGUCUGUCGGUGCCGGACGAGGCGGAGAACCGGCUGUCGGCAGAAGAGGAGGCGGCGUACGGCGGAGGCGGCGUAAUGUUCAUCGCCGAGCAGGGGCCGUGUCUGACCGCGCAGCAGAUAGCAGUGGCCACGCGCCGAGACCCGGCGCUCGCCCGCGCUCUGGCGGCGGUGCGAUCGGGCUGGCCGGCGGUGGUGGACCCGGACCUGGCUCCCUUCAAGAAUCGCCGAGAGGAGCUGACGACUGAGGCCGACUGUCUGCUCUGGGGCGGCCGAGUCGUCAUCCCGAGCAGCCUGCGCGACACCGUCAAGCGGGAGCUGCAUGAGGGUCACUUCGGCUGCACUCGCAUGAAGCAGCUGGCGAGGCGCUUUGUGUGGUGGCCGGGACUCGAUGCUGAGCUGGAGGCGCUGGCUCGCGGGUGUCAGGCGUGCGUCUCAAAGCGAGCUGAGCCGCCGCAGGCGACACGGCACCCGUGGGAGCCGACGGACGGCCCGUGGCAGCGGGUGCAUGCCGAUUUUGCCGGACCUCUGAAGGGCACCUGGUUCCUGGUGAUGGUGGAUAGUUUCUCCAAGUGGGCUGAAAUGAUCCCAAUGAAGACGACCACGUCCGAGCGGACCAGCAGCCCGAGGGACUAG